AGACAUGGGGAAAACAUUUCCAGUGGUUUAAGGUUUACAGCACCAGUUUUUCCCAUUAUAACAUACAGGAACGCUUGAAAGAAGACACGUGGAUGUUCCCCUCCGCUCCGCCUACAGCCAAGAUGAUUAUCAGACAGCCUCACACAUGCGGAAAGCUAAUGUCUGACUGAAUGUGGUCAGAUGACAUUGAGAGGCCUGUGGACAAACAUUAGAUGACAUUAACACGAGCUGGUGUUAGAGCUGCGAUCCUCUCAUAUGAUUGACGGGAUGCUGUUUUCUCUGGUCUUGAGCUCCGUGUUGGCACACGUCCGCUGUGACUCCUGUCGGUGCACGGCUGUCCCGUAUGAAGGUGUGCGUGUGAACUGCAGCUCGCAGGGCCUGAGAACGCUCCCUUUGCUUCAUGCCAGCACCACAGAUCUCCUCCUGCAGGAUAACCUCCUCACGGCCGUGUCUCCAGGGCACUUCGACUCGCUCACCGGCCUGCAGCUGCUCAAUCUCUCCGGGAACCCCUUCCACUGCGACUGCAGGAUCCUGUACCUAAGGCAUUGGCUUCAGAGGAAUAGAGCGGUCUCUGGGAGUCCGGUGUGUGCCAGUCCUCCAGAACUGGCCCACAGGUCCAUCGCUGAGCUCACGGACGCCGACCUGCGCUCCUGCGCCUCCGAGUCCUGCUCCGAGUGGCUCUAUAACACCACCGUGUGCUCAAUGCUCUGCUUUCUCAUUGGUCUGCUGCUGUGGUGCGUGCGACUCGCAAGAAACUCGACCUUUAUUCUGGGCAUUGAUGAGAGACACUCUGGAUUUGAGGCCGAAUCUCUGCGAUCGCUCAAACCCAAGCACAGGGCGAGGGUGAGGUACAGUAUUGGGGAUGACAUGGACAAGCCUUUACUCAACAUGGACAUCCUCCCUCAGAUACUGGACGUUCUGCACAAGCAACACAACAUUAAGAUUAAAGUACCAUGAGAAGCUGAACUCCACACUAAUCUCUUCGCCUGCUUGUGUGCAGUGGGAUACUGCAACUGUGCUUUGAUGUGAUUUGUAGCCUGGACUGAGAUGUUAGAAAUCGUAAAUCCUGUCAGUUACUUACACUUUUGCUCUGUAAGGUGGAUUUUAGUGUGCUGCGGUAAAAAAGAAAACAGCCUCUGAUGAAAUAAACAUUAACUAGGACAGGAAAAUGUAUUUUAUAUUUGCUAUUUGCCAUGAAAACAAGUACUAAUAUAACUAUAACUCAAAAAAAUAUAUACAUUUAUUUUAUUAAUGAAAAAACAUAAAAUAACAUCAACACAAAAAAACCCCAAUGAAAUUAAAAAUAAUUCAAUGAUAAUUUUAAAAAAAAAUAGCAAAUAGAAAAAUAAAAAGCUAUAAUAAUAUUGUUAGAUUUAUAGACUAGUUUUGGCAACUAGAGGCCCUCAGUAUUUCAUUUCAGUUUCCCGCCAUUUUAUCAUGUGCUAUUGUUCUCACCUGUGCCUCAUUUCCUGUGAGUGUGUUUAAGUUGCUUUGUUCCUCUCGAUGUUUGUAAUCUUGAGAUCAACCUCUCCAGUCUUUUGGUAAAUUCCUCUUGUGGUUUUCUCUGGAUUUAUUCGCUCUGUUUGAUUAUCUUAUUUUUUCCCAUGGAUUUUUUGGUUUUACCAUUUAGACUAGACAGAUUUCAGAUCCUGUUGCUUCUACAUGUUGUCAUCUCUUCCUGAGUCCAUCGUCAGACUCUGGUUUGAACGUAAAAGGCCGAACAGUUUCUGACAUUUUAGUGCUUGUGUGUGUGUGUGAGGUAAUCGGAGCUACUGAUACACAAGCUCUUGAAGCUCCGCCCUCUGUGCCGGAGGCAGCAGCUCAUUUGCAUUUAAAGAGACACACAAAAACAACGCAAAUCUUUGCUCACCCUCAAAAGUGACAAUAUUAAAAGCUAUAAAAAUCUGGGGGCUAUUUUGAGCUAAAGUUUCACAUACACAGUCUGGGCAUAUCAGAGACUUAUUUUACAUCCGAAGGAGCAUUAUAGGACCCCUUUAAUGUAGGCUACUACUAUCUAUGUAAACAAGUAAAAAAAAAAA